AUGAGCAAUUCCGGAACAAUAAAGAACGUGCUCAUCAUCGGCGCCGGCGGCAACCUCGGCCCCUCGAUCCUGACCGCCCUCCUCUCCGAGCCCAAAUUCGUCGUCACGGUGCUAUCUCGUGAAUCAUCCACAUCAACUUUCCCGUCCGCCGCCCAGGUGAUAAAGAUCCCUAGCUACGACGACAAGGCCGCCCUCAUCAAGGCCUUCACUGGCCAAGACGCGGUGAUCAACGUCGUCGCUGGGUCCGUGUCCCGCGCCGCGCAGAACCGCAUCGCGGACGCCGCCGCUGAGGCUGGUGUGAAGCGGUACAUCCCGAACGAGUUUGGCAGCGAGACCCGCAACCCUGCUGCUUGGGCGUUGUUGCCGAUAUUUGAGGACAAGUAUCUGCAGACGAAGCAUGCGGCUGACUUGGCUGAAAAGCAUCCUGGGUUUACCUGGACCAGCGUCAUUACAGGCGGGUUCUUUGACUGGGGCCUGAAAGUCGGUUUCUACCGGUUCGACCUCAAGCAACACACCGCAUCCAUCAUCGACUCCGGCAACGCCCAAGCGACCGUCACCACACUGGCUCGAAUCGGCGACUCCAUCGUCUCCAUCCUCCUCCAUCCCGCCGAGACCGCCAACAGGUACAUCUAUACGCAGAGCUUCAACUAUACCCAAAACGAGCUCCUCGCCGCCCUCGAGAAGCACACCAACGCCAAAUGGACGGUCACACACGCGAACUCUGACGAGCUGAUCAAGUCGGGCAAGGCGGCGCUCGCAAAGGGGGAUUUCAGUGGGUUCCAGGAUAUUAUCCUCGCGUACAAUCAUGGAGACGAGGCUCAUGCCAACCAUGAGAAGGGCGUCGCUGAGUCUCGCGCGAUCUUGGGCUUGCCCAAGCAGGAUUUGGACACGGUUCUGAAGGAGGUGCUCAAGGCUUAG